CCCGCCUCCGCCUCCGCCUCCGCCUUCCAAGGAGGCGCGAGCGGGUGCGGGGCGGACCGGCAGCCGCCGGGCGGGCGACGAUCCAGGGAGUUGCGGGGCCUGUGCGGGCGGCGUGGGGGUGCUGGCGGCACGGCGGGCAUGGAGGCGCUGCUGCUGGGCGCGGGGUUGCUGCUGGGUGCCUACGUGCUUGUCUAUUACAACCUGGUGAAGGCCCCGCCCUGCGGCGGCAUAGCUAGCCUGCGCGGCCGCACGGCAGUGGUCACGGGCGCCAACAGCGGCAUCGGGAAGAUGACGGCGCUGGAGCUGGCGCGCCGGGGAGCGCGCGUGGUGCUGGCCUGUCGCAGCCGGGAGCGCGGUGAGGCGGCCGCCUUCGACCUCCGCCAGGAAAGUGGGAACAAUGAGGUCAUCUUCAUGGCCUUGGACUUGGCCAGUCUGGCCUCCGUGCGGGCCUUUGCCACCGCCUUCCUGAGCUCUGAGCCACGGUUGGACAUCCUCAUCCACAAUGCCGGGAUCAGUUCCUGUGGCCGGACCCACAAGCCAUUCAAUCUGAUGCUGCGAGUGAACCAUAUUGGCCCCUUCCUGCUGACUCAUCUGCUGCUGCCCCGGCUGAAGACAUGCGCCCCAAGUCGCGUGGUGGUGGUAUCAUCAGCCGCCCACCGGCGAGGGCGCCUCGACUUCACGCGCUUGGACCGCCCGGUGGUGGGCUGGCGGCAGGAGCUACGGGCAUAUGCCGACAGUAAGCUGGCCAACGUGUUGUUUGCCAGGGAGCUCGCCACGCAGCUGGAGGGUACUGGUGUCACCUGCUAUGCAGCCCACCCAGGGCCUGUGAACUCGGAGCUUUUCUUGCGCCAUGUUCCUGGAUGGCUGCGCCCACUUCUGCGCCCACUAGCUUGGCUUGUGCUGCGGGCUCCAAGAGGAGGUGCCCAGACACCCCUGUACUGCGCUCUCCAGGAGGGCAUUGAGCCCCUUAGUGGGAGAUACUUUGCCAACUGCCAUGUGGAGGAGGUGUCCCCAGCUGCCCGAGAUGACCGUGCAGCUCACCGGCUAUGGGAGGCCAGCAAGAGGCUGGCAGGCCUUGGGCCUGGAGAGGAGGCCGAACCUGAUGAAGAGCCCCAGCCUGAGGACCCAGGGGCCCCAUCUUCCCUGAGCAGACCCCACUCUAAGGAGCCCACAGUUUCUGAACCCCACCCCAGCCCUCAGAGUUCACCAGACCUAUCUAAAGUCACACACAGAAUUCACGUUAAAACUGAACCUGAGCCCUAAAUCUCCUAAUCCCCAGGCUGGGAUGCUUUCCAUGACACUUGGUGGCCCUGGAAAACCUUAACUGCAUGUCAAACCCUGCCCUGGGCACUGAGGGGUUUGCAAUUUUUACCUCCAUGCCUCCUGGCUGGGGCUUCAGAUUGUGUCCUGAACAGCUCUUUUCCUGGUGGAAGGAAAUCGUGGGUGGUGAUCUCUUCCUGAGAAUAACAAUAAUCCCAGAUUGAGAGGUGAGGGCUAAUGCGCCAGACGUUGCUUCUGAGCAAUAUGAAUUCCAUACCUCUGUCCCCACUCUGGGUGAUGCUGAUCAGCUUUGGAUGAGGGCUUACGGGGGUUGUAAUUUCUAAUUACAGUGCAACACUG